AUGGCUGAAAAAUUUAGGCUGCAGCCGGAUUUGACAACACAUACAAAAUGGCGGGUCGACUAUCAAUGCCUGAGUGGUCAUUAUCUAUCUAUCUAUCUAUCUAUCUAUCUAUCUAUCUCUUUUCGUUAUCUAUCUAUCUAUCUAUCUAUCUAUCUAUCUAUCUAUCUAUCUAUCUAUGUACUUACCUAUCUCAGUAUGUUCACUUCUCUCUAUCUAUGUUAUGGGGCUUCCGCUUCUAUUUCAUUAAAACUUUCUCAUUUUACUUCCUUUGUUAAACUCUUUCUUUCAACCAUUUUUUUUCUAUUUAUCUAUCUAUCUAUCUAUCUAUCUAUCUAUCUAUUUCAGUCUUUUCAUGAUCUAUCUAUCUAUCUAUCUAUCUAUUAUUUCAGUCUUUUCAUAAUCUAUCUAUCCAUCUAUCUAUUUCAUUUUUCAUUAUCUAUCUAUCUAUCUAUCUAUUAUUUCAGUCUUUUCAUGAUCUAUCUAUCUAUCUAUCUAUUAUUUCAUCUUUUCAUGAUCUAUCUAUCUAUCUAUCUAUUAUUUCAGUCUUUUCAUGAUCUAUCUAUCUAUCUAUCUAUCUAUCUAUCUAUUAUUUUAUUUUUCAUUAUCUAUCUAUCUAUCUAUCUAUCUAUCUAUCUAUCUAUCUAUCUAUCUAUCUUAGUCUUUUCAUUAUCUAUCUAUGCGUGA